GUUCAGGUCACCAGUUUCUUUGUUUGUUUUGUUGUUCCCUGUUUGACUGCUUUAUGGAUUUUGACCCCUGCCUGGCUGUUUACGAUUUGGAUUACCCAUUAAAAGAACUACACUUGGAUCUUGUCUGUUUGUGUAAGGUGGUCGUUAGCAGUGGUAAGGCAGGCAGCAAGAAAAAGAUGAAAAACUCUGAAAGUUCUUAAAGAUGAUUUAAUUUCCAGGUCAGGGCAUGCUCCAGACAGUGCAACUGGGUUCCAACCACCAAUUUUCCAAUACAAUAAUAACAAAACAAAAAUAAAGAAAAACAAAACAAAAUAAUAUUUACAUAGGAAACAUCAAAUACGUUGGCUACUGGCCCAACAGUCACACUCAGUUCCUCUCUCAUUUUGUCCAAACAAUUACCCUCUUUAUACUUAAGGCUCCUCCCCUCAAAUUCAAACAAACCAAUGUCAGGGUCAUUUCAAUUAAAAUUUACAUCGUUUGUUUAUAAAAUCAUGUUUAACAUCAGCAUUGAAAUAUAAACAUUCACAUCAUCUUUAUCAAACUCCAUUUUCCCCAUGAAAACCAAUGAGAAUCUAAAAAGACAUGCAUACAAUGUAAUUUCCUUAAAACAUGCUUAAUGCUUGAACUCCUCCUCCUUUGGGACGGUAUAAAUCCGGCUUCCUGUUUGCGGGCCCCUCCUAUUAGGAAGCUCCAGGAAGAAGGUAAGACAAAAAAUUUCCAUUAACAAACAAAUCAUUAAUUCAUUCACCUUUUCUUGUUUUACAGGCCCAAAAGGCCAAGAUGGACAAACAUGGGUCACAAUAGAAUGUGCACCUUCCAUUUGACACAUAAACCUCCAUCACAAAUAGAUCCAGCAGGAUGGGUAUUCAAAUCACUCUUCCGGCUACUGUGAAGGAGCGGCUCUGUGAAGGAUGGCUCGCCUACAAAAUUUAACCACCCUGAAACAACAGGGGAAUGAGAAUGGUUGCCUGGAUGACUUGUUACCUCGGUGGGAGAUGAAUGGACUGGGAGACCUGGAUUUUUGGGGGUUCGUCCACUAUUUCCAACAUCGGAGUAAAUGGGCCACACCGGAUCAGCCAGACCCCGCUCCAACCUAUGAGUUCACUCCAGUCAGUGUGCACGCUCCAGCCAGUGAGUCCGCUCCAGAUCCCGUUCCAGCCCGUGAAUCCGUUCCAGAGGCCACAGAGGAGGUGGGCACUGAGUCUCUGCUUCACCCAUGGAAAAGGAGGAGGAGGAGGAGGAGGAGGAGGAGGAAGAAGGCUUCCUUCAUCCUUCAAGGCCCGGAGGCCUUUCCAGAGUCCGCUUCAGCCAGUGAGUCCACUCCAGAGCCCGGUCCAGUCAGUAAGUCAGCUCCAGCCAGUGAGUCCACUCCAGUCAGUGAGUCCACUCCAGAGCCCGCUCCAGCCAGUGAGUCCGCUCCAGCCAGCGAGUCCGCUCCAGUCAGUGAGUUCGCUCCAGAGCCCGCUCCAGUCAGUGAGUCCGCUCCAGAGUCCUCAGUGGUGGUGGGGACCGAGUUACCGCCUCACUCACGAAGGAGGAGGAGAAAGAGGAGAAGGGGUUCCAUCCCUCAAGGCCCGGAGGCUAUUCCAGAGCCCACUGUUGGCCCGGAGGCCACCCCAGAGGUUUUGGUGUCGAACGCCUCCUUGGUGAGUCCUGACAUGGCCAGGAAAACUGUCUUUGUCUUUUAUGUCUUGACAGUUUGGCGUGCUUGGAGAACGCACGUAGGGUCUGGUGACCAUGACCCAGAGCAGUCCAGGCCCGCUGCAGUCCCAGAGCAGCCCGAGCAGCCUGCCGUCGUUCCAGAGCAGCCCGAGCCCGCUGCCGUCCCGGAGCAGCCUGAGCCCGCUGCCGUCCUGGAGCAGCCCGAGCCCGCUGCCAUUCCGGAGCAGCCCGCUCUCCCUGAUACGGCCAUGGAGGCCGACCUUCAUGGAGUCCCCAUGGUCUGUUCCUCCGGCUCCCCCCUGGCCUUCAGUUGGGGGCUCUGGACCUGGCCCACCAUCCCUCCCCCUGAUCCUCCUCCUGAGCACCAAGAAAAAAAUAGUGAAUUGACUUAUUGUCAGGUUUCUGGUGUGUUCUAGACAAAACACACAAGGAAAUACUGAUUCAAAGUCAGUAAUAAGAAAACCAAAACGCAGGAUCUCUGUGGAAUACAAAUAAGCAUGAAAAUACUCAUAAAAGACAACAUGGAGCAAAGAACAGACAGAAUGUCUUGGUUAUGUAUUCAACCCUCCCUCGUUCCUUGAAGAAGGGAAUGGAGAUGUUAUGUCAGAACUGAACUGAUGAAUUGGGAUCGUGCCUGAGAGAUAUACGAGCCAAUGUACAUUGGUAUGUGAGAUUUGCAUUGUGUGCUCCACCCCGCAAAGCAGGUAUAAAGGAAGAGCAUGUGAAGUUGCACAUUAAGUUUUCGCUGAGGAGGCAAGACGGUGUGUCCCGGCCAUUCAGCGGUUGUACAGCAAUUGUGGCGACGGGAAGUAACAUCUCUGUUCACUCCUUCAGAGAAUGAGGGUUACAUACAUAACCGAGAUGUUCCCUUUCAGUCAGUUGCAUUCGCCGUUAUGUCAGAACCGACAAAUUGAAGAAUCCCUGUAAAAAGAUGUGACUGCACACUCAACACAAAGUCACAUCUUUUUACAUAUAUCUGAAUUUAUCUCUCCUGACUGGCACCUCAGACGGCAGUGCGUUUGUUUCUUCUUCUAAAAAUUGGAGAUCCCUACCAAACUGCUACUAUUGCUGCCCCCUUCCAGCGCCUUGUAUAAGCCACCAAAUCCUCAAGCACCUGCUGGGGUGGAAGAAAGGAUAGGUCUUAGACAGAGAAGUGUCUCACUGCUGUUCCAUACAGUAAAACUUUGGAUAACACUGGGAAAGCGUACCCCCUAAGGAAGCACUACGGAGACCACAUCCUGCACGUGGGAGGUAUUAUGUGAAAAUUUCACAUAUGAACUGGCCAAGCAGGGCAGUGCUACAUAUGGAAGGUCUCUGAGGUACACACAGCCUAGUUGUGGUAAACUCAAUACCAGCAGAGAUGGCAGAGCAGCUCUGCCAGAGAAAGACACAGGCACUCCGAGAGGGAAGCCAUACCAUUGGUACCAUAGGGGGCGUAGCACAGGGGCUGAUCUUGGGCAUAAUCACAAGUACUAGACCUGGUGUCUGACGCUCCAUCACUUCUGACUUCCGAGGGUGCUGGGAGUCUCCAAGCAGGGUUUGCCAUGAGGGGAACUCACCUGUGAAGCAGAUAAGUGCACGUAUCCGGAACCUGGUGUUUACUGGCUACUUAAGGCAAGUACACAGAAGUACACAGGCUCUACACAAAGAUUGUAAAAUCUCGCAAAUUUGUUAGGUGUCACCCAGCCCGCAGCUCUACAGAUAUCUUCUAUCGAGGCACUUUGUGCCAACGAACAGGAGGAUGCUACACUCCUUGUAGAGUGAGUCCUCAUCCCCAAGGGUUACGGCUGAUAUUGAGUUUGGUAAGCCAAGACAAUAGCAUCCACUAUCCAGUGUGCGAGCCUUUGCUUGAAGACAGCCUUUCCCUUCUGUUGUCCCCCAUAGCAGACAAAGAGCUGGUCUUAAAGCUCUGCGUAUGGUCCAUGUAUAAUCACAAGGCACAAACGGGACAGAGCAGAGCAAGGGCUGGGUCUCCCUCCUCCAAGCGUAGUGCUUGCAGGUUCACCACCAGAUCUCUGAAAGGUGUGGUGGGAACCGAAUGAAAUGCUAGGUCCUCCAUGAGAAGGUGGGGGAACCCCUUACUGUAAUCCUCAGGUUACCCUGGCUAUUUGUCGAAGUAGGAGGAAUUAGAUCGGGGUAAAGGUGAGGGGAUUCCACCUCAUAUAAGGUACUCAAGUCCCGACCGAACGUGCAUCUAGAGCGCUGAAUGAUGCACAGGAUUGCCAUGACAACAGCAUCUCCAGGACACUCUGAGAAGCUGACCAGCUUGCCAACGUAGUCAUGCUCUCAUGCGAUAACAUGAGCCACCUACAAAUGCAGUCUCAGCAUGCUUAUGCCCAGGCAUGUGAGACCGUGCCAGUGGCCGUCAAAUGGGGAUAAGAAAUGACCACAUCCAGAAACAUUCAGGUGGAAUAACGUCUUUACACAGACCCACCUGUGUUUGCUCUUUUAGAGAAAUAUACUCUUUUAGUAAGCUCUUUUAGUGCUGAAGCGCACAGAAUGGUCACUAUUGAAAGCCUGCAGCAUACUGGAAGCUCUUUCAGUAGUAGCAAACACCGUAGACGUGCCGUCACACCAGCACUCUCUAGAGAGCUUCUCCCAGGUCUCGCAGAACACUAGGACGAUUAUUGCAGAGCAGAAUCAGAAGAAAUGCUCAGCUCUGAAAUAAAAGCAUAAUUUGUGACAGCACACACUCUCUUGAAGUGCGCGAUGCAAAUCUCAUACGCCAUUGGCUCGUUUAGUUUAUACUCAAAGGUGAUUGGGCUCUCAGGUAAGAUCCCAAUUCAUCAGUUCACUUCUGAUGUAACGGCGAACAUGACUGAUUGAAAGGGCACUCAGGGUUUACUCAGAACAUUUUCAAGCUGUUAAAACCAAAAGUAACUAAAAUGGGUGAAACCACUCUUCAACCACAAACAUCAUGCUGGCAAAAAAAAAAAAAAAAAGUUACUUUUUUGUCAUGAGAGAAACAUUUCAUGUACUCAUAAGUGCCACUGCCGAACAGACGAUUCGUAUCACACUGAUACAAUCAAAUAUGGAAUUGUCAGCACUAGAGAACACCGCAAUGAUAUCUUCCCCAGACCCGUACCACUGUCCCUCUCUUCUGGAGACCUUGACCCGGAUUGAUCAAUUGUUUGUCCACAAAGAACAAAGUCUGGAUGAAGCUUGUGAAGAAGAGUGCUGUGGAAUAAAGUCUAACAAUCGAUAUACUGUGAAGAAUGACAAUGGGGACAAGAUUUUUACUAUUCUUGAGGACAACGAUUGUUGUAACAGGACUUGCUGUGCUGGAGCACGUUCCUUCAUAAUGAGUGUUUUUAAUAACUCAAAUCAAGAGAUCAUCAGACUGGUGCGGCCGUUUGUUUGCAACUGCUGCGGCAAUGAGCUGGAGGUUCAGUCUCCACCGGGUGUUACCAUUGGAUAUGUUCGACAAAACUGUCAUUUUUUCCUACCUAAACUCACCGUUGAGAAUGAACGAGGUGAACCGGCAUUUAAGAUCGCGGGACCGUGUGUAGCUUGUGCCUGCUGCACCGAUGAAACCUUUGAGCUGGUGUCUCUGGAUGAGGCAGCGACAGACAAUCCAUUUGGCAAGAUCUUCAAACCCUUCAUUAACAGUGGACCAAACGCAGGUGUGGAUUUUGUGGUGAAGUUUCUGAGCAACCUGGAAGUUAAAAUGAAAGCUACUCUACUGGGGGCCUGCAUUCUCAUUGACUGUUUAUAUUAUGAAAAGACAUCAAAACCACUGUGUGUACUACUGUGAAGAGAUGUAUUCUGGCCUGCUUCAGAAAGAAGACAGAAGAAAGACAAAUGUCUGAUGACUACUUGCCAAAUUAUCCUCCAAUGAAGGCUGAAGAGAAGAAAAUCAAAGAACAGAAUAUGGCUUAAAAAAAAAAAAAAAAAAAAAACUUUCUGCGAUUCAAAAGUGACAAAUGACACAUUAUCAUUUGUUUCAGUUUGUGGCUCUCUCUUAUAGAAAGGUGACACUGCGGUUGCAUGUGUUAUCUGAAAGGAAAGCAAACACCGCAGUAACCACAAACACAGACAGAUGAAGUUAUUAGUAGGUGCUGGUGAUGUGAAAAAAACAAAAAACAACCACAACUGACUGGCACUUUGUGUUGCUUGUCAUGGAAAAUACACAGAAAAUGUUCCUAUUUAAAAACUAUUCUCUGCUGCCUUGAUGGCUAAAAUUAAUUGCACAGACAUGCAGUCUAUAUUUUCUCACUUUUAAAUGCUCUGUCGGUUUUCUUUUUUAUUCUUAAUGCAUAAUACAUAUACAUGCAUAAUGCCUUGUAAAUGACUUUGGAGUGCAAUUUUUUUACCUAGGAAACCCGAUAGAAUGUGAAGGGAGUAAAACUGGAUGGUGUACUAUUCCCUAUGAGUACGAAUACUAACGUUGCGUCCAAAUAUGCCUACUUGCCUACCAGUGUUGGGGAAAGUUACUUUUAAAAUGAAUGCAU